AUGGGGAAAGCCAAGAAAUUGAAAUUACACCGGAAUAAAACCAACCCCACCGGGUUGAUGGACGUGAACGAGUUGAUUGAACAAGGGUUGGCAGAAAGCGCAAAAUCCGGCACUCCAGUGGAAGCCAUCGUUGAGCAGUUGGAAUCAGCCGUUGUCGAGGAAAAAAUCUGUGGUUUGCAAUCAUUAGCCACCAUCUGUCAGGGAGAGGCCAACGUAGGCGAACUGGUGCGGAACAAUGUGAUUCGGAUAGCUGCGUCCCUGUUGGUGGAUCCGGAUCAGAGCGUACGCCAUGCCACUGCUGGGGCAUUGCGGAAUUUGUCGGUGAUCAGUGUGGAGCUAUGCGAAUUCAUGGUGGAUCAGGACGUGUUGACGCCGCUACUGGCCUUGCUGAUCCGCUUCCCAAGCAAUGGGCAGUGGACACCCACCUUCGACAAGAAUUUGCAGAAUCAAAUGGAUGAGCAUUCGGACACAUUUUUGCAUGCAGUGAAUCUGCUGUGGAAUUUGUGUGAAAGUACUUCCGAUGCGUUGAAUGCGUUCAAUCAGUCCCAGUUGCUGGAGAAUUUUGUAACUUUCCUGGAUUAUAACGUAUAUGGGCAAGAGAUUGCGAUUGCAGUAGCCCAAUGUCUUCUGGUGGUUUCUGAAGAUAAUGCUUCAUCCUGGCGCGUACUAGCCAACCAUAGUUCGGAAUUAUUAUCACUGCUUACAAUUCAGGUUGUGGACAAUGCAACAUUAAUGCUGCGUGCCCUCGCUGCAGGCAUCAUCGGUAAUGUUCCUGUACUGUUGAGCAGUCAUACGAGUAAAGUUUUGAUAUGUGUUUCCAAAACACUUGAGACGAACCAUCGAUCGGCGCUAGGUAACUUAACCAGUAUGUUACCAUUAGAGCAGCAGAAAGAUUUGGUGGAUUUAGAAGUAACUGAUGACGUUGUUUUUGACGAUGAAACCGAGGCCCAGUCUCAUCAGCGUCGCCGAAAGGCUGAUUUGCCCACCGAAGGAGAGGUGGAAGUACGUGACGUGGGAAGGUUGCUGCAAGCGCAACGAAUAGUGGCUGAAAUACUGACAAACAUUUGCUCUUCGGAAGACGACUGGCAGAGCGAAAACAACGACAACGAUAAUAAUGGAGGUUCAGAUGCGGAGAGCGUAUACGAUUACGAUACGAACGGAUUGAAUGAAAGCGUCGAAAAUACGGACAAAAUAUCUGUGGAAGUGUUGGAAGCCAUCAAGUCGCUUGCGUUGGUUGAAAAGCUAUGGCAGAAAGCGCAACCGGUCGCCGAGAAUGUGUACCAAAUGUUGGUCGAGUCGGAACAGAACACCUUGAAGAAACUGGAUGCACUCCGUAUUUCGGCCAUGCUGUGCCUUCACAAUCUGUGCAACAACAUCUCUACGGAUGAUCUCGGUGGACCUGCUGCCGUUUACAAUGUUUGGAUCGAUUUAGGCCAGCAAGUGUUUCAGGGACAGCGCAACGGGAAGUUGCUGGAAGCAUCGACAUCAUUGAUGCGUGCCGCACUGGAGCAUCUACGCAAGAGCCCGGAACUAUUCCAGCAAAUGACCGAAACUGAUUUGCAGCUUAUGUUGAACGGUGUGACCGAAUGUGAAGAUAUAGAGAUACGUGCAAACUGGCUGCGAAUGCUGGGAAUUUUGGGAUGUUUGUUGCCGGAGUCGCAUGUGAAGGUGAUCAUCGAUUUCGUGCUGACCACUUGCGCCAACGAAGCGGAUGUGUGGGUUUUGGCGGAGGCACUCGAUUCAAUGAUGGACAUUUUCGUCGACAACGAUUGGCAUUCGAUAAUGCAUGAACUAGGUAUGAUAGCGAAGUGUAAGCAACUGGAUCGCAUCAUGAGGGAGAAACUGAAACGAGACAAGCGUCAACUCGGCGACCGAUUUCCUGCUGUUUCUACGGUACGUACAAAUUUGAGUCGAUUUUGUAAAUAUCUAGAAACGGAAUUGAAAAAUUUCAAGCCAAACAUGGAAUCGUAG